AAAAAUAGCUCUAAAUAUGACAUAUUGUAGGUUUCCUAUUAAAAGUUAGGUAUAAUUGAGUGUAGGAUAUUAAUUUUUUUUUAUGUAUUAAUAAUUAAAGAAUGAAAUGAUUAAUAUAUCAAACUACAUAGCUCUUUAAUACUCCUCUAAAAAAUAACAAAAUGGAAAUAAAUCUUGAACAAUUCGCGGAUCUCUUAAGCAUUUUCACCAUAGCUAUGUGCUUUAUAUUAAAAGUUCCACAAAUUUUUAAUUUAAUUUCUUUAAAGUCUGCUAAACAAAUAUCUAUUUUAGGAUUAUUAUUAGAAAUUACAAGUUAUACAGUCACGGCAAGUUAUAAUUAUGUUAAUGGUUAUUCCUUAUUAUCAUAUUUGGAAUAUCCAAUUAUACUAAUACAAGAAUAUAUCUUAAUAUUUUUGGUAUUGAUAUAUUCGAAACAAACUAAUAUAUGGAGUUUAUUGAUCACAAUUAUUUAUGUUAUAACAAGCAUUUGUUUUCUAUUGGAGAUUAUACCCAGAACUGUUCUUACAUUUGCAAUGCCUAUGUGCACACCAAUAUCUGUGUCAAGUAAAAUAAUGCAAUUAUUGGCAAUUAUCAAAGCUAAAAAUGCAGCCUCUGUUUCUCCCCUUACAUGGUUUAUAUCAGCUUUAACAAAUUCCACAAGAGUGUUUACUAUAUGGAUGGAUUCUGCUGAUUUUUUACUAUUAGGAAAUUUCAUCGUAUCUGUUUUUUUAAGUUCUAGUAUUAUGUUCUCUUCCUUGUAUUAUAGACAUUAUAAUAUAAAACAGGAUUAAAAAGAACAAUAUUAUUGUAUAUACCUCAGUAUUCUGUAUAUCUGAGUAAUAUCAAAUAAACAUCUUGAAAAUAUAA